UCUUCUUCUCUUUCUCUCUCGUUAUUGCGAAUUUCGAGGGGUUUAUCCUAAAUUCUUUCUACUCACAGGUUAUGUUGAUGGGUUGGUUUUAAUUAUUCAUGUUGCGGGUUCAUAAGAGUGGUAGAAAAAGGCGUUUGGGUUUGCUGUGAAUGGGGAAAGUAAAGGAAGGAAUGGGGGAGGCGUUUUCGAACGAAAGGGAGUCGAAGAAAUUGAAGAGGAGAAGGCGGGCGAAGGGCUCUUCUGGGAAGUAUUUGAAGCCUGGUGCUCUGUCGAAGCUGCGGUGCAGCAAGGGCUCGGUUGGUAAAUCUUGUACUUAUCUUGGAAGGAAGAGGGUGGCUGUGUUGGAUGCUGGGAAGACUAAGAGGAAUAAUGCGGGGCUUGAGGACAAGGUUUCUGAUAGAAGUCCUUUGAUGUUGUCGCCUGUCAAGUUGGUGAUGCAUAUAAAUCAUAUUAGUACCCCAAGAACUCCUCGAGUUGAAAGCUGCGAAUCAGAGUCACGGCUGGAAUCUCUGCCUAUGGAUCUAUUGGUGAAAGUACUUUGCCAUUUGCACCACGACCAACUGAGGGCUGUAUUCCAUGUCUCUCAACGGAUCAGAAAAGCUGUUUUGAUGGCGAGGCAGUUCCACUUUAAUUACACAACCCCAGAUCGAUCCAGGCAGGAGAUGUUGAGAACAACCACCCCUCGACCCACUGAACACUGGCCCUUUGUAAGCAAGGGAGAUGGAAAAGGCUUUUCAUUGCCAAGCCCCCACACUCCGAAAGCGCCAAGACACGGUCCUCGACCGCCAUCUCGUCUGAAAGUUUCAGAGAUGAGACAGGUUGCUGCUGUUCUGUUUCAAGAAACAGGUUUUCCUUCAAGAUGCAUGGUUCCCUCUGUUAUACCUAAGCCACUCUGCAAAUCCCUGGCUUCGAACCGGGUUCUGUUCUACGAGGAGGAGUUGUGCCAAGCUGUUGCUCAAAAUAAACUUCGUUGAUUGAUGUAGUUGGCAAUUUCUCGUUGUCUGUUGUUUUUGUGUAUAUAGGAUUUGUGUUGUUGCCUGUAGCAGGUUGGUUUGUUGAGCCAAUAUAGGAAUUCUACAAAUUUUGUAGCUGCGUUUGAUGCAGAUUAGGGGUAUCAUGGAAGUUCUUGUUCUGUUGGAAUGAGGGUUUUAAUGAUUGAUUCAGACUGUAGCUGUGGGAAUAAUCUAUUCCAAACUGGUUACUUGUAUAGUUCUAUAUAUAUAUCUUCUAAAGAGUGGUUUUCUGCUACUUCUCUUU